AGUCGCUCCGUAUCGGCGUGAGGACAGCAGCUGUGAAGAUGGUUGUGUCGGCGGUGCUCCUGGCCGGACUGCUGGUGGUCGCUGCGUCGGCCCUCGAGCUGCCGCCCUACAUCAAGUCCUGCUCCAGGAAGGAUCCCAACCUGGACGAGUGCACGCUCAAGAAUGGAAUUGCAGCCAUUCCAUCCAUAAUCAAAGGAGACCGCAAGUACAAGAUCCCGGUGGUGGAUCCCCUGAAGAUCACAGAGAUCCGCAUAGAGGACGCCAACAAGGGCAGCUCGCCCACGGGUCUGCAGAUAGUGUUCAGGGACCUGAAUGUGCACGGACUGGAGCGUGUGCAGCUGAAGAAGGCGCGGUUCGACCUGCAGAAGCAGCACAUAACAAUCGAGCUGCACAUCCCGGACUUAUCGCUGCUGACGCGGUACGAGGUGGACGGCAAGAUCCUGGUGCUGCCCAUCAAGGGGAAAGGAGACGGCAACAUCAACAUGACCGACGUGGACAUCUCGUACGGGCUGGACUACUCGCUGGUGACCCGGGGCGGUGAUCAGCACAUGAAGGCGGGCAACAGCAGCCUGCAGCACUCGGCCCGUCACGUGCAGAUCUACCUGGACAACCUGUUCAACGGCGACAAGACGCUGGGUGAGAGCACCAACAGCUUCCUGAACGAGAACUGGGAGGUGCUGAACACCGAGAUAGGCCCGUACAUCGCCCAGGCAAUCGGCGAGGCCAUCAAGCAGAUCGUGGCCAACUGCAUGGACCUGGUGCCCUACAAGGACCUGUUCACCGACUAGGCGAGGGACGACGUCCCUCUGUGUCCUGGUGGCGGGGUCCUGCCUCACCACCUGGUGUCCUGACCGCAGCACGCCGUGUCUUCACCACCUGCUGCCCCGCCCACAACACGUCUUGUCUUCAACGCACGAGGCCGUGGAUGGCCGAACAGCAGUAGGCUACUUACUACCUUGUACGACUAGACCAUUGCUAAGCUUACAAAACGCGGAAAGAUCUCUUCCCAUUCGGUAUUCAUUAAUCCAGCUGUCGCGUGGAUUCCUAGUGGUUCGGUGAAAGAUGGAGCCCCCACAACAUACGAUCAGUCCGAACGAACAGUCCCGAAAAACUGCCGUGGAGUGCAAUCACGGUGGAAUGUUCAGUCGGAACUGGUGGCUUCCCAUCAGAUCGGACUAUGGACUCUAAAGCACUCAGUCCGAACAGCCGCGUGUGUGGAAACAGCGUCUCACCAGUCCAAACUGCCGGUCUAAUCAAUCAGUUCUUCACCAUUGUUUAUACUCCUUUGGCAACUUUGCUAUUUUUUUCCUUUCCUUUUUAUAACUAACAGUUAAACUGCAAUUUUGCAACAUCCAUAGAUUAUUUCACCUUCUACGAUGAAACGCUACAUUCAACAGCAACAGCAACCACAAAACUGAUCGUGUGUGUGUGGAAUACUUACGUUUGGACUGUUCGUUACGAACUGAGCACCCGAACCUAUCGUGUGUCCCGAGUAUUUAUAGGACUUUUCUGUCUACCCUGCAGUCAAACAUGCCGUGAAAUUAUAGCAUAUGGUAUCUCCUACAGAAAUUUUAAAAAAUAUAUCUUCUUUAUGUGCUAAACGUUUCUAGGUUUUCUCAGGACAGUCUUGGUACGUCUCUCAACCAACCAGGACUUGCCACAGUCUUGCCCUUCUCACUACGCCACUGCCUCAUAUCUUCGAGUUAGUUGUGGGUUUACCAGAUAGCCAACCAUGUUGCAACAUCACCUCUCUCUGGGAUCAAAGUGUUUUUGUAGGAACACAUAGGUACAAACCACCUAUAUAGACUAUAGAUGAGAUGUUGAUACCAUAAAAAAAAGUUACUGCAACACCCGUAAGUGUUUUAAACGUCAGGUUAGUAGCGUUCUGCAUACAAACGAUUAUUGCUCGUAUUAAAGUCUGUUAAGGGGCCCGCCUACCUGGGCACACAUACGGUGUGCAGAGCUUCAGGAAAAACAACGCGAUUUCAAAACUACUCAAGAUAUCCGAGUGGGGCCUAUUUACGAAUAGCAUUUAAGAGUUCGCUGAGGACCGAAAAGUACUUUUAAUUUCGGAUUAAGUUUUUAAACUGUAUUUUUAGAAGCGUUAAAAUGCCUAAAACGCGUGUUUUCAGAGUAAUUUUUAGGCAUAAAACAAUCAGUACAGAUUCUUGAAAGUACUUAAGGAGCUUGCAUAACACCUUUAUCUUCAUUUCUCCGCCACAUAAUGUUACGGUCACCGCUCAAAUUUCACAGUUAUCCUGUGACGACGAGAAGACUGCGCGCCAGUUCAGAGCCUUGCGCUUAGAGGCUAUACCGCGCUGGAAGCACCAGCGAACGUCGCGCUUAUCACCCCGCCUCACUAACACACAUACACCCCUGACGAGGCGGGCCCCUUAAGUGCUACCUUGUGAAGCCAUAACAGAUUAUGAGCUAUUUGUCCUUCCUCUUUUCAGCUCUUGCUACAGUUACUGCAGUUGCUACACUAGAGUGAUCAUUCAUUUAUAUUGUCAUGCGAGAGAACUGGCAGUUUUCCAUUUUACACAACUGCAUUGCAUAAACUAACUGAAUAAAUUACCAAUAUAUAUAUAUAUAUUAGAUUUUGGUUUUUGAGAGCUUUACUCUAUUAUCAUCAGUAUUAUGAAGCACUGCGCUGAAAGAUUUCAAAUGGUUUGAAACUCGAAAAUUUUGUAGUCUAAUCUCCUUGAGUGUGAAAGGUUUAUAAGCUGAAGUAAAGGUAGUGUCUACUCAGUUCAUGAACGUAAGUAAAGCGCACUGAAGUAAGCGUGAAAGUAGAAUGGGAAACUGUCAUAUCUCUUAAUUUAUUUAAGAAUGUAACUUUUGUUUUAUUUGUUAAAAAAAAUAAAGGAAAGGAAAGUA